AAAAAAUGUUGUAUAUAAAAAAGGGUACCCCUGAAAAAAAGGGGUUAGCGAUCUGGUAUAGCCGCCGCCGACAGCCGAGGGAGGCACGGGCUAACCGGCACUGGGCAGGCUCCACCGCGACGGCGGCGGCUGAUUGACCGGCACUCACAGCAGCAGAAGCACAACGAGAAGAGCGAGGCUGCUGCUGCGGUUGCGGCACCGCCAUUGUUGAGGGGAAUGAAGCUUUGCAAGAAGGGGUGUCCCGGGUGCAGGCUGGAUGAGAUCAACAAGACCAAGACCGGCAUCCCCUACCUCAACUUCUGCUACAUCUGGAUCGUCUGCCUCUGCUCUACACUACCAAUUCAUUCAUUGUUCCCCUAUCUAUACUUUAUGAUUAGAGACUUGAAAGUCGCAAAGCAAGAACAAGAUAUCGGGUUCUAUGCUGGUUUUGUCGGGGCUACUUACUUCCUUGCAAGAACUAUUAGUGCUGUGCCAUGGGGCAUGUUUGCUGACAAAUAUGGGAGGAAGCCUUGCAUUGUGAUCAGUAUCCUCUCAGUGAUCAUAUUUAACACCCUGUUCGGCCUUAGCACGACUUACUGGAUGGCAAUUGUAACUAGGGGGCUACUUGGGUUACUUUGUGGUAUACUAGGACCAAUCAAGGCCUAUGCUUCGGAAGUCUGCAGGAUAGAGCACCAAACUCUUGGAAUUUCUCUGGUUACAUCUUCGCGAGCAAUAGCUUUUGUUAUUGGACCAGCCAUCGGAGGAUUUCUUUCCGAGCCUGCAAAGAAGUAUCCCAAUAUUUUUUCGGAGAAAUCCAUAUUUGGAAGGUUUCCAUACUUCCUCCCUUGCUUCCUUAUAUCAGUUCUAGCAGCAGGAGCAUGUGUUGCGUGCAUUUGGCUUCCGGAAACUUUGCACAUGCACCAUGAUGACAAUGUAGAAGCCAUUGAUACAAUGGAGGCACAAGUUGUUGAUCCAAACUUAGUAAAUGUGAAAGGUAUACAAUCUAGAUCAGGGAGAUUCACAUCUACAAUGAGCCUGUUAAAGAACUGGCAAUUGAUGUCAGCAAUUACCCUCUACUGUGUGUUUUCUCUCUAUGAUACCGCUUAUAUCGAGAUAUUUUCACUGUGGGCUGUGAGCAGCAGAAAAUACCGGGGACUAAAUUUUACAUCUGAGGAUGUUGGUACUGUGCUAGCUAUCUCGGGUAUUGGUAUUUUUGUAUAUCAACUCGUGAUUUAUCCAUUCCUUGCCAAGUAUGCUGGGUUAAUCAAGCCAUUCCGUUCUGCAGCGGUAUUAUCUAUACUACUUGUUGCAACAUAUCCAUUCAUAGCCAACCUAUAUGGUGUGGAGCUCAAAGUACUCAUCAAUAUAGCUUCGCUUCUAAAAAAUAUGUUUGCAGCAACGAUUACGACUGCGUGCAAUAUUCUGCAGAACACUGUGGUGAGGCAAGAACAAAGGGGUGUUGCAAAUGGUAUCAGUGUUACUUUGAUGUCAAUCUUCAAAGCAGUAGGUCCAGCAGCAGCAGGAGUUCUGUUUUCAUGGGCUCAGAAGAACACAACGGGGUUGUUCUUACCAGGUGACCAGAUCCUUUUCAUCUUCUUGAAUAUGGUGGCAAUAAUCGGACUCUUGAUGACGUUCAAGCCAUUUUUUUCACUGCCGAGUGCGACAAAAUAAUGACCCCACUAUUAUGUAUAUUUAGAAGGUGUUUGGUUCGCCAUUGUUAACGUGAAAAUAACAAGAAUCUCAUUAUAGGAUGAUCAUUGAAUGUUAUCAAUGUUAAAGCAAAGCUUUACUACAUAUUCACAAAGGACAUCAA